AUGUCUCUAUUUGGUAUUGACGAGUUGGGCAUCGACAGAAGAGCAACCUUCUCCGCAGCUGGCUACGCGGCGGCACGGCCAACGUAUCCCGCAAGCCUGUUCCGGACCGUGCUGUCGUACCACCAUGCGCAGUCCGACCAGGGCACGCUGCUCGACCUGGGCUGCGGCCACGGCCUCAUCGCGCGGGAGAUGAGCCCGCACUUUGCCAAAGUCGUCGGCCUCGACACGAGCGCCGGCAUGGUGAAGCAGGCCGCGUCGACCACCGACGACCCCAAGGUGUCCUUCCGCCAGGGCGGCGCCGAGGACCUCUCGUUCCUGGCCGACCGCUCCGUCGACAUGGUCGUGGCCGGCCAGUCGGCGCACUGGUUCGACUACGCCCGCGCCUGGCCGGAGCUGGCCCGCGUCGUCAAGCCGGGCGGCUCGCUCGCCUUCUGGGGCUACAAGGACAACGUCCUCGUCGGGCACCCGCGCGCCAACCGCAUCUUCGACCGCUUCUGCUACGCCGAGGGCGCCGACGUCGCGGCGCCGGGCGUCGAGGGCAUGAACGCCUACUGGGAGCAGCCCGGCCGCAACAAGGUCCGCAACCUCCUCCGUGAGGUGACGCCGCCGGCCGCCGAGUGGCGCGACGUGCGCCGGGUGCUGUGCGACGUCGGGAGCGAGGUCUCGGCCGAGGAGCUGCCGGACGCGGAGACGGCGUGGAUGCGGAAGCGCAUCAACCUCGGCCAGCUCGAGGCAUAUGUCCGCACGUUUAGCGCAUUUCAGGGCUGGAAGGACGCGCACCCGGAGGCGCGGAGCAGGGCCGACGGCGGGGACGGCGACCUGGCGGACGUGCUGAUGGAUCGCAUCGUCGAGUCGGAACCGUGGUGGAGCGCCAUGGGCGACGCGUGGAGGGACGCCGAGGUCGAGACGGUCUGGGGCACGUAUAUACUCAUGGCGAAGAGGCGAUGA